AUUUCAAAAAACAGGUUUAUCAAGUUUUCAAAGCUGUCUUCCUUUUUUAAUGUGUUAAUUGCUGGAAGGCAAUGCUUUGACGGAGGUAUUAGAUUGUCCUUUAGCGACAUCUAACGCUUAUCAAUUAAAAUUAUUACUCAAAAUACAGUACAUAGCUGAAUCCCUUAUUAUUUGCUGUUGGCUAGGUAAUUGUAGUUUUCUGGUAUUUCACUUUCAAUUUGGGUCAGAUAUAUGUUUGUUUAGGGGCUGUUUAAAAUGUAUCGUGCCAAGAUACUUGAUUUGUAUUUGUAUUGGAGGUGCUACCUCAUUCCGAUACAGUAGGUGGCGGUAUUGAACUAUCAAAAAGCAACAAGGUGACGACGAAGAAGCGGAAGCUCAGCAUUAAGCUCCAGUACGAUAAUGGACACACGGUUCACUCGAGGGAAAUCCAACAUCUUGGAGCGCCCCUUGACGAGACCCAAGACCGAAGUCAGUGUGAGUGCCUUUGCAUUGCUGUUCUCAGAGAUGGUCCAGUACUGUCAGAGCCGAGUGUACUCGGUUUCUGAGCUGCAGACACGCCUGGCUGACAUGGGCCAAAGUGUGGGAGCCGGCAUGCUGGAUGUGCUGGUGUUAAGGGAGAAGAACGGCAAAAGGGAAACAAAAGUGCUGAAUAUGCUGCUCUUCAUCAAGGUGAAUGUAUGGAAGUCUUUGUUCGGGAAGGAGGCUGACAAACUGGAGCAGGCCAAUGAUGACGACAAGACGUACUACAUUAUAGAAAAGGAGCCGCUCAUCAAUGCUUACAUCUCUGUGCCCAAAGAGAACAGCAGCUUAAACUGCGCUGCCUUUACCGCAGGCAUUGUGGAGGCCAUCCUCACCCACAGCGGCUUCCCUGCCAAGGUCACUGCCCACUGGCACAAAGGCACCACACUCAUGAUCAAGUUUAACGAGUCCGUCAUAGUCAGAGACAAGGCUUUGGAUGGCAGAUAAGGACAACAGGAGAUACCAGGGACAUUUUUUUUGUUCUUCAAUGCAGGUGAAACACCAAAAACUAUUCUGAUUUUAUGUUGGAGUAAGAUUUGUUCCUGCGGUUUACUUUGUUUUGAUAAAAGACUGUGAUAUUCUGUCUGAUGUGGCAUCCUCAGUCCUUAGUCAAUAAUCAUUUAUAAAUAAUAAUACAUGUCAAAAAGCCCACAGUUUUUCAGUUUGUGUCUUUAUGCUUCAGUGAUAACGUUUUUUCAUCAAGCGUCAAGAUGUCCUUACUGUGUUCGGUUGUCCUUGAAGGCACCAUAAUUGUGAGACUAGUAUGACGAGACCAUGACUCAGAUCUGUUCAUUGAUCAUCUUACAUCAUCAUUCAUUGUGAUGAAUGAUACUCACAGUGGUGAGUACCUGGACAUUUUAUAUUUUAAAUUAGGACCUGAAUCUAAUUACAGUGUCAAUAAUAGACAUUUUUAUUGUCAUCUCAAUUACGUGUGUUUAUUUUUGUUUUGUGUUUAUUAUCUGGUUUCCAAAUUUUUGCAGAUCAUGUCCUGUUGUCCCUCCUGAAUUUGCACAAGAAAAUAUCAUUCCUGUUACAGUUUGUUUAUUUGUUUCAAAAGCUUACUACUGUUGUAGCUUGGUCUCGGCCAUCACUACAUUACAUUUGGUUCAGUGUCUGUAUUGGUAAUCAUUGAUUUCAUCAUCAUCAAUCACACUGUUUGGAAGAUGUAAUUUAUGAUUUAUUCAAGUUUUGCACAGUAAAGUAUAAUUGAUAUUUGAAACGUUAAUCAGCCUGGAUAAAUACACGCUGCCGCGGUGUAGAUUCUGUCGGCAUGGUUCUUGCCUAACACUUUUAUCUAUAUAUGUUUAAUA